CCCCUCCUCCUCUUGCCUGGCACCGUAAAUGUUAUUUAUGAAUGCCUACCGCUCACGGGCGUGUGCACGCAGAUUCGUUAUUAUUAUGUUGUAAUAAUUACAAUACAUUGGACAUUGAUUACCGCCGAUGUUUAGGUUUGUCCCGGACCCUGUGGUGCUCGCUGUGUGUGGUUAAAUCCAGACUUUAAUUCAUUGUGGUCGGUUUGGUGCUGACAGCGGCGGCAGACGGAGCGGUGCUCUUUAAUAAUACUGGGUCAAUACACCGAGUCCGCCGCUGUCUGCCAACCCGCUGCAUCCACCGGAGCCGCUUCACCCCGUCACCCGGAGGUGCUGCCCGAUAAGGUGCGUUGCCAGGGGCAACAGCUGACUGACAAUGUCCUUGUGAGAGUGGGCGGGGCUACCUGGCCCUGAGGUGGUAAGGAGGAGGAGUCUCGGACUUCAGCCCCUCUCCUCCUGCGACAAACCGAACGGACGGACACACAAACGGGUGUGGCUCCCUCUUCCUCUUCCUCCUCCCCUCUCCUCCCCGUUCUCUCCCCGUUCUCUCCCCCUCUCCUCUCCGCAGCCCUCCCUCGUCUCCCCCCUCGGCCCCGUCCCCUGCCACAAUGCUGUGGUCACGCUGCUUGUGGAGAGCCUGAGGAACCAUACUCUGGAAGGCGACCCUGCUCAGCCAGGGGACUUUUCGCUGUCCCUGCUGGACCCGAAAACCCUCGCAGAGUGCUGGCCCCCAGAUGGCUUGAUGCCUGAGAGCAGCUACUGGCAGCUCUGCCCUCCCUCCAAGUCCGGCCUGCAGGGGGGGUUACUGAGCUCUAGUUUCCCCCCCGGCCCCGUGCCCCUGGUGCCCCCAGAUGCUCACCUGCAGGAGGGUGGCGACCCCCUGGACGGCACCCCCUCUCAGCCGCAGCAGCACCGUCCCCUGGCGCCCAGCACCUCAGCGUCCGAGCUGUGCCUCCCCGGAGCGCCGGUACCCCCUCCCGGCCCCGGGCCCCCUCCACCUCCUCCACCGCCCCCAAAACGGCACUGCCGUUCACUGUCGGUGCCCGAAGACCUGUCACGCUGCCGCUACACCUGGCGGCCCAGCGCCUCGCGGGUCUGGACCCCUGUCAGUCGCCAGCAGUGCCAUGGGGGAGCGGGGGGAGGGGUCACAGGUGGAGGCUUGGGGGCAGGAGGAGGGGUUAUAGGGGCAGGUGCGGCGGGGGGAGGAGCCUGUCCUCUCCGCGCUCCCAGCUCCUCUCUGAACUCGUCGCUGCACUCCUCAUCCAGCCCCACCUUCUUCAGCCUGGCGCUGUCUCCAGACUCCCCGCUGCCCUGGAGCUUCCCCUGGGACCCCAGCGAGGCGGCGGCGGGGGGAGGAGCCUGCUGCUGCUUCUUCCCAUCCCCCUCCUCCUGCUCCUCCUCGCCCUCCCCCCUCCACCCGCCUCCCCCUCCUCAGAGGCGUUUCUCCCUCUCCCCUGUGCUCAUCAGAGACUCGACGGCCUCCACCUUCCUGCCUCCGCCUCCCGUGCCGAGUCACGCGGCGGCGCGUCCGCCGAGCUGCUCGGCCGUAGCCGGAGUGACCGUGGGGGGCCCCGUGCCCGCCUCACCCUCCUCAGCCUGCAGCACGCCCUCGUCUCUGCGACGCAGUCUACCGCCGCAGCUGCCGCGCUGCCACUCGCAGCCCUGCGACCUGCUGCUGCUCAAACCAGGUCUGAAGAGACGCCGCGACCCCGACAGACCCUGCGCUCGACCCGUCCUCGACUUCACCAAGAUGACUCAGACUCGCAGCAUCGACCCGCAGUGUCUGGAGCGCGGCGGCGGCAGGCUGGCCUGCGGUGGUGACGUCUGCAUGGGCAUGGAGUCCUUCAUGGGCGACUUCCGGGGCUCCUGCUCGCCGGCCGAGUGCCUGGGUAGGACCAGCAUCGGGCCGCUGAGCGAGAGCGACGAGGAGUGCCCCGAGGACGAUGACGAGGACGACGGCGAGGAGGAGGCCGAGGAGCGUGAGGCCGCUCAGCAGGCAGUGUUUGAGAGGGAUUGUACAGAACUCGACUUGAACUUAAUAGAAGAAAACUGACUUAUUUGUAAAUGGAAGGCUGUUCUCUUUCAGUUUUUUUUAUUUAGUUUUGAAUUGAUCUGAACCCCCUCCCUUCUUCCUGGACCACCAUUGUCUCAACACUCCGCGCCUCCUUGCCACCAAUCAGCAAGGCUCUCAGGAACAACACCUUCUCUCAUUGGAUGAGCUGGGGUAAACAAAGCUGAUUGACGACGACAGUAAUGAUGUGACUACCACCUGUAAAGACUCAACGCUGUGGAAUCCUCCUGGCUGCUUUUUAACAUUUGUGCUGUUAGAAAGUUAGUUUUUAAGGUGAGAGUAACUCUGGUCGCCUGUGACGAGAGGAAAGUAUUCAACAGGGAAACCCCUCCUGCAUCUGUCCUUCAGUUACCAAUAUGAUCAACAAUGCAUCGUCAUGCUAACACACCAACAGCCCAUUGUUCAGGUACCUGAAGCCCAGAUGCAGAUGUUUUCCCACCUCUGUGACUGGACUCCGUCAGUCCAGGUGCAUCGCGGCGUCCUGGUGUCUUCCAACACACAGCUGCUGAGUCUCCGUAACAAACCACAGUCUGAUGAGGCCGUCGCCGCACUGCAGCGCCAAACCUGACACGCCAUCACCACGUCCAACACCAACACCAGACCUCUUACCUCAAAGAGCUGCUUUAAUCUUCAGUCAGGAUUUAAAAGGUCAGUUUACCUAAAUCAAAAGACAUAUUUCCUAUCGUCCCUUUCAGCAGUAAUUAAGUAGUAAUUAAGUAAGUAACAAAACAAAUCUUAGUUUAAAUCUAUCGCAGCCCUCAAUAGACGUCUCAGAUAGAGAUUUAUAUUUUUAUCUGAGUAAAGCAUUUUAGUUUGUGACAAUGUCAUUACGAAUACAUGUUAAUAUCGAGGCGUUGUUAUAUUCAUCAUGAUAUUAAGAAUGAUCAGAGUCAAUCAUCUUUUAUUGGCACAACUUUAUAACAGUAAAUAGUUCAGACGCUGGUGUCGUAUCAAAACCACUACUGCAAAUAAACCACACACACACACACACACUAUGUGACCUCAGCGUGGUGAUGCGUUCAGGUUCGCUGCUGUUUCGUGGUGUCGUUUCAUCAGGCUUCACUGAGGGCAGGUAGCCACUGAUGCUGUUGUUCACCUGAGUGUUCACACAUUCCUGUCAUACACCUGUCACUACACACUCCUGCUCAUUCACUCAAACCUGUGUGUGUGCGUGCGUGCGUGCGUGUGAACCCCCUGGUGGUUGUGUGACUUGUGUCCAGAUUAUGUCCUGAUAUAAUUUACCCGCAUAGACACCCGGCCGUCUGAAGAUGUUUUAUUUAAAUCGUCCUCUCUGAGUGGCCAACAUGUACGACUUCUGUGCUCACGUUUCCAAACUUUUUAAACAAAAUUUCCAGAAAACGGUCAAAAGAACGCGUGUAAUGUAGACGAUAAACAGCUGGCUGAGCUAAUUCUCCAGUUGGUGCCAUUAAACUACUGCAGAAGAAGAAGAGGUGAUUACAAGAGCUCCAGUCAAAGCUUAAAUGUUGGAAAUAUGACGUUUCUGUUUUUUUUAUGUAUUAUGGUGAGGGAGGUUACAGUCUCCCCAUUGCUCCGCACAGGUCUCAUGUGUUCAGCUCUUCAUGCUUCAUGUAUAUAAGUCAUAAUGUAUUCACUCAGUCUGUUUCUGCUGUUAUCCACACAACUACUUUUACAACUCAGACAGAAAGGGAAACUUUAUUGCGAUUAUUGAGCUUUUAUUUGGAAUUUCCAGCGUUUCGGUGUUGACCAUAAUAGAAUGACCAAUUCAGGGUUAAAAUGCGGGCUGAAUCGGUUCUGUUUCUGCAUGAGGAUUGUUUGAAAUGUUUAGUGCUGAUACCUCAGCUUCUGUUAUUGUAUCAGCGUCCCUUUACAUAAAUUAUAUGAUUUACUUGUAGAAAUAUAAACAUGUUUUUCUACAAAAUAACAACUUCUUUCAUUGAACAGAAACUGUCAAAGAUGUUACAUUUUGUCUAAACACAAGUACAUUUAUAAUAAGUCAACAGGAUUAUGAAUCUGGGCAAACAUUCAAUGCUAACCUUCAGUACUUGACAGUUUUCAAUACCCCAUAUAAUUCAUUUACAGAAAUCAAAUUCCGGUUGCUUUUAUUCUCUAUCUGGAUUUAAUCUUGAUGCUUAAGAUGCACAGAACCACCAGGUAUGGAUGUAAUGUCAGGAAAGUCGUCUGAAAAAUGCUUGCAGGUUAUGUUUUCUAUUUUCUCCAACUUUUGCUUGGAACCAAGAACAAAAGCUCUACGUUUAAGGUCUCCGAACCUUUUACAUCGUUUCACUGAGCGUCAAGCUGCACCGCUGCAUAAAGGACCACACGGCCUGUUUCACAUGUUUUUAGCUUUUCUACCGAGAAUCAUACUUCACAUUCCUGCUGGUCACUUCAAAUCCUCCGUUACGUUUCAGAUUGAUCGACCUGUAGUGAGAUAAUCCAUCACAGCCCGUGUUUUUUUUUUGACUUUGUGGUAAUACAGUUGGAAAUCUCUUUGGUGAUGCAUUCAAAGACACUCUCACGUCCAAGAGUUGAUGGGAAGCUGCAGAAAAAGCAUCUAAGAGCGACGUUGUUAGAGACUCAGACCCAGAAGACAAUCAACAAGUUAACAAGAACAUCAUGUUUGAAAAAGAAAAUGUGUGUUGGGUCAUUUCAGUGCAGCAGACGACUCAGAGCAUGUUGAAAUGUCCCUGAAUGCACCAUAAAUAGGACAGAGUUACGAUUAAAGUGACUAAAACGUAAAGGUAUUUGUAUGUUGACUGUGAUGGAUUAUCGUCAUUUAUAAUUGUGGCAACUUUACUGUUAAAUUUUAGUUUGUUUAAACUCAACAGCAGCAAAUUCACUUUGUAAAAGAUUGUUUUUGUGUUAGCGAGUUGUUUUCAUUCAGAGAGUUUCAGUUUUGUGAUUGUUUCUCUGUCUGUCAGAUUUCAUCUGUCACAUUGUUGAGGGGGUAAAAAAAAUUAUUUUUUAACUGAAAAACAUCCUCUUGCACUUUAAAGGAACUGUUCAACAUUUUGAGAAAUACUUUUACAUUUUCUUGAUAGUGUAAUGUUCAGGUGGAUAUCAGUCAACUGUUUAUGUGCUAAACAUUCUAUGCUCUUGUCAAAGCCACCAGACUCCAUUGACAAAAACAGCAAUUUUACCUCCGAACAAGGGAGUUGCUGGUCUACCGCUGCCUUGAUCGGUUAGUUAGUUAGUUUGUUUGUUUGUGUUAUUGCGUGACUUUGGUGUUUUAAAGGGUUAGGAACUAACAAAACUAACAAACAAAGUAGACCAGCAACUCCUGUGUUUUGCGAGGUAAAAUCAAUGUUUUUGUCAAUGGAAUCUGGUUUGAUUGAUGAGAGCAUAGAUAGCGGCUUCAGUUCGCCCUGUGUAAACUUAAAACAGGGCUGGGUGUAUUUUUGGUAUCUUUGGUUUCCUCUUGCUUCCAGUCUUAAUAAGCUUGGCUAACCACAUCCUGACUCUAGGUCUGUACUGAGCACACAGACAUGAGAUCAAUAUUCUCAUCUGAACAUCUCUCACAGAGGAAGAGAAUAAGACUAUUUAUCAAAUGUUGAACUACUCUUUUAAGGUAAGGUUGAAGUUUGCUAUAAGCUAACAUGUUAGCUCCACGUGCUGUCUACUAGAACUAACUUGUUGGAAAAAAAAAUGUAAGGCUAAGUUCACCCAAAUUUACAAAACAAUUGAGAAUGAAAGAUUACAUUUUAAAAACAGAAAUUUGUCCAGAAACAAUGUCCCUCUAGCACACAUAUACAAACAAAAGUCCCUGUAACACACAUACAAACAAAAUGUCCCUGUAUCAUAUACACACAGUGUAAGACACAAAAUAACACCCCUCUCCGCACUCCCGCCUGCUUUGUUUUUGUUGAUCACUCCAUAACACCCAACAUAAGCCUUAACUGAACAUAUUCUAUUAUUCUGUAAAUCAAAAAACAUUAAAAAGAAAAAAAAGGAAAAGACUAACGGAGAAGAAAAGGAAAUGUGUACUGUAGCUGUUAAAUUUUUAGUCCCUCUGUUCAUUAUUUUCUGCUGUUUUUUCUUAAUAUUUCUAAUCUGAUGUCUGAGCGUGACAAUGUGUCAGCGAUGAACGCAUCCGUGUUUUGAAAAAAUAAAAGAAGCUUCGGGACGGAGGAGGAGCUGUAAAUGGAGGAGCACUCGUGUACAAAGUUAGCGGAGAGACUCGGACAUCUCUUGUCUUUUAGAAAUGUUUUUUAUUGUAUGUGAUU